AUGGCUCCUACUUUCCCUAGGAGUAGAUCACUCCUCACCACCCCAAGGAGGCUCCCUGCCCAAGAGCCUCACAGAGCCUCUUCAUUUGAGACCAAGGGAAGGAGGAGACAACACGCAGAGGCGGAGGAAGAGUUCCAAGGUCACGCUCCAACUCGAUCAGUGAACUCGACCGAGCUGAGGGUCGAGUCGGCCUGUUUGAGAACCCUGGAUUCGAGUACGAUCCAACGCCCUACCCGGACUUCUCUCAGAGCCACUGGACUCCCUACAACCGCUUCGAGCGAGCACAGCUCCACCAAGGCCAAGGGAGCCACACACACUUCAACGAUGAAGAGGUGA